CCCCCCCCAAAAAAAAAAGAUCCCCGAGGGCAGCGGAAUUGAGGCGGGAAUGGGGGUCCUCCUGGGGGGCAAGGGCAGGGCGCUCUCCACCCUCCUGGCAGCCUUCGUCCUGAGCGUUUGCUUCUUCUCGACCGAAGCCUUCAUGAAGGAGACAAGCAUCACGAUGAAGCCACCAAGGCCGGUGGAAGGAGGAAAAGUCUACCUCAUCCCACAAGACUUAUCUCCCGCCCCAGUGCUCUGCCGCUGGUUCCGAGGAGAAAGCAUAGAAAAUAACACCAUCGCGAUCUUUUACUUCUAUCCACACCCUUACAUUUGGGAUGCAACAGCCUUCACCGGGCGAGAGAUCAUGAAGUCCAACUGCUCCCUUGAGAUCAUAGACUUAAACUACAACGACACUGCGAACUAUACAGUCCUGAUAGAGGGGCUUAUGGGAUCUCGGGUGGGGACCGUGGAACUUGUGAUUGAAGCUUCAGAUCCUGACGAACCUGGCCGGGGAUUCUCCAGGUCGACUGUUGCUGGCAUUAUCCUUGGGUGCCUGGGUGCCAUAGUCAUUCUGAUCAUAGUGGUUGUUCUCAUUAAACGUGAGUAAAACCCUGGGA